UUUUAUCUAUUUUUAUAAUUUUUUGAAUUACAGAUCAACCUAGCCUUUUCCCUCCAUUCAAAUUUUUCACUCUCCUGCUUCCCAACACAGAGUGACAGGCGACCCUCAACGGCCCUAAAUCAAUAGUAGAAGAAUCGAAUGAACCUCAAGAAACCCUAACAUUUCUGGCCGUACAGCUCCACUACCGAGCCACAAAGAUGCAAGACCUCGUCGACUUGUUACGCGAGUCCCUGGUGCUUCGGACUCAGCGCCGGGACGACGGAGGAGGCGGAGGAGGGUUCGGUGACCUGGUCGGGAAGAUCGGCUCCAGCAUCCGAAAAUCGCGAAUCGGGUUGUUCUCCAAGUCUCCGGUUCGUGCUCUUCCUCCGGCCGCUUCGAAAGAUGACGCGCAGCCGAUUCGGUGGCGCAAGGGCGAGUUGAUUGGGUCCGGUGCGUUCGGUCGGGUCUAUAUGGGGAUGAAUCUUGACUCCGGAGAGCUAAUAGCCGUGAAACAGGUGUUGAUUGCGGCAAAUAGUGCUUCAAGGGAGAAGACACAGGCUCAUAUUCGAGAGUUGGAGGAGGAAGUGAAGCUUCUUAAGAAUCUUUCACAUCCAAACAUUGUUAGAUAUUUGGGGACUGCUAGAGAGGAUGAUUCAUUGAAUAUUCUGUUGGAAUUCGUGCCUGGUGGAUCCAUAUCGUCUCUCUUGGGGAAAUUUGGUUCCUUUCCCGAGUCUGUUAUCAGAAUGUACACAAAGCAGCUGUUAUUGGGUCUUGAAUAUCUUCACAAGAAUGGAAUUAUGCAUAGGGACAUCAAGGGUGCAAACAUCCUUGUUGAUAAUAAGGGGUGCAUUAAACUUGCAGACUUUGGUGCAUCGAAGAAAGUUGUUGAACUGGCUACCAUAAAUGGUGCGAAGUCAAUGAAGGGUACGCCAUACUGGAUGGCUCCUGAAGUUAUUCUCCAGACUGGCCAUAGCUUCUCUGCUGACAUAUGGAGUGUUGGAUGUACUGUGAUUGAGAUGGCUACAGGAAAGCCCCCAUGGAGCCAACAGUAUCAGGAGGUCGCUGCUCUCUUCCAUAUUGGAACAACAAAAUCUCAUCCACCCAUCCCCGAGCAUCUCUCCGCUGAGGCAAAGGAUUUUCUGUUAAAAUGUCUAGAGAAGGAACCUAAUUUAAGGUGUGCUGCGUCAGAGUUAGUACAGCAUCCAUUUGUCACUGGGGAUUAUCAGGAACCUCGUCCAGUAAUUCGCACUUCAUUUAUGGAAGCUGGAAACGAGACGACAACACCUGGGACAGAUCUUAAGAACUUCAUGAACCCUUCGAUCAGAAGGUCUACCUGUGCAGGCUUGAAGGAUAUUUGUGAUAUGGGUACUGUAAGGUGCUCAACUGUAUAUCCAGGGAGUUUUUCAGGGGGGCGCUCCCGUUGGGGAGCAACCAAUAAUGAUGAUGACGACAUGUGUCAGAUUGAUGAUAAGGAUGACAUUAUGCUUGGUUCAUUUGCAAAAUUCAAAUCUGUGGUUGGACCUGACGAUUUAAACAAGAGUUUCAAUCCCAUGUGUGAACCAACUGACGACUGGCCACGCAAGUUUGAUGAAAGUAUGGAAUUGGAGAGAAGUGGAAUUAACUUCUCCCCUUGUCAAACAAUACACGAGGCUUAUGGAACCACUGGAGCAUCUGAUAAGGUGGAGAGUGAAUUCACAUUUCCUUGUGGGCCAUCCGCUGAGGAUGAUGAGGAAGUUACAGAGUCAAAAAUAAGAGCCUUCCUGGAUGAAAAGGCAUUAGAUCUGAAGAAGCUACAAACACCUCUAUAUGAAGAGUUCUUUAGCUCAAUGAAUGGAGUUGGUCCUCCAGGUGUAAUUGGAAAUGCAGAUUGUGUUCGUGUUUCAAAUAAUCUGAAUUUACCUCCUAAAAGUAAGUCACCCAGUCGCGCACCUAGUAGAAGAUUCUCUACAGCAGUUGAUGCUGCAGGCCCUGGGAAACAUAUAAAAAAUGUAUCAAAUACCAGUGGUGUGCACAGUCGAAUCUUGCACGAAAUUCAGCCACCUCAGCAUAGUGAAUGGAAACAGCUUCCUGAUGAUCAGAAAGAAUCAUUUAGUCUAAGCGCAAGCUUUUCUGAGAGGCAAAGGAAGUGGAAAGAGGAGCUUGAUCAAGAGCUGGAGAGGAAGCGAGAGAUGAUGCGGCAGGCUGGUUUGGGAACGAAUUCACCAUCCCCAAACAAUCGAAUUCUAAGCCGACAAAGAGAGCGGCUACGGGCCGUUUUCCCUGGAAAAUGAAGUUUUAGUAUGUACCUCACUUGUAUCUAUUUUACCGUGGUAUAGAAAUAAAUUAUGUUCUUUCCGUUGGGAGCCUCCGGUAUGCACUUGGUGAGGAUGCGGUCCACUAAUACAUGUGCCGCCGUUGCCAUAGCAGGCUGUGCAACCUGUUGCCUGCUGCAUCAUGUCUCGCAGCUCAGCCAGAAAAUGUCACAUUACCAGUGAUGAUAUAUGUAUUAUUUUAAUAUAUUGUGGCCUAUAUGUAUCUUAUUGCGGGAUAUGAGACAUGAAGUACUUGAGUUUGUGUGAAUUGUAUACUUUAAAAUAUAUAGUAAUGUGCUGCAGAUAACGGUUCUAGCACACAUUCUCUC